AUGGAUGCUCAGGGCCUGGUGCCGAUCCGAGAACUCCGCGCGGACCUUCGAAAGCCCAGGCUUGUGCAGCGUUUGCUUCUUCCAGCGUCCGAGGGGGCCGCGCUGAGCUGCAUGCGGGACUACGUGCAGCGCCAGGGCGGGCUGCGAGCCUACGAGCAGCACCGCAGCCGGGCCGACCUGGACCCGAAUCCUAACUCCAAGCUGUCUGCCUUUCUACGUUGGGGUCAGCUCUCAGCGAACGAUCUCUUCUGGGCCGUGCAGGACGCGGGGCUUCCCCGCGAGCAGACAAAGACGUUCGGCCGGCGUCUAUUCUGGCGGGACCUAGCCUACUUCCAGAUGCACCACUUUCCCGAGAUGCACCGGAAAGGGAUACGCGCUCACUACGACAGGGCACGUUGGCGAGAGAGAGGUGACGGCAUGUUGAGGCUCUGGCAGCGCGGCGAGACCGGCUACCCGCUGGUGGACGCCGCUAUGCGCGAGCUGCGAGCCACGGGAUGGGUGCAGCAGAACGUCCGAAUGGUGGCCGCCACUUUCCUGACGGAGUACCUGAACAUCUCCUGGGUGGAGGGGGCGAAGUGGUACGAGGAUCAGCUCGUGGACGCCGACGUUGCCAUCAACUCGAUGAUGUGGCAAAACGCCGGCCGCAGUGGAACCGACCAGUGGAACUUCCUCAUCUCGCCUGUGUCGGCGAAGACUCAGGACCCCACCGGCUUCUACGUCCGCCGCUGGCUGCCGGAGCUCGCGCACCUGCCCGUUAGGUUCCUUCACACGCCGUGGGACGCGCCGCCAGACGUGCUCGCGAGCUCCGGCGUGCACCUGGGGACGUCAUACCCAGAGCGCUGCGUGGUCGACCUGGCCGCUGCGCGCGACGAGGCCAAGCAGGCCACUCUGGAGAUGAGGCGCUCCAUCGCCGACACCUGGAUGAACGAUGGCCAGGGCUACGACGUCAUAGCUCUCCCUGGCGGGGCGACCACCAAGCUCUUCACCAAGCUGGAGUACCGCCUGGCAAAGGACGGCCGCCAGCUGAAUCCCUCGGCCGGGGCCUCGAAGCCCGGCAAGGGCGGCGGCAGGGGCGGCGGCAAGGGCAGCGGCAGAGCAGGCGCGGAGCCCGCCGGCAAAGGCGGGGGCAAGCGGCAGGCGGAGGGGCGGCGGGCCGCCGCCGCGGCGGGCGGGCAGCUGACCAUCCCACUUCGCGCCCGAGGCCAAGCGGUCCCGCUGGGCGCGGCUGCGGGCGCCCGCCUGCGGGGAGCCCAUCGACGUCGACGCGCGGUCCCAGGGCGCCUGACCGCCCGCGGCCUCGCGCGCGCUCGCGCGUGGUGGACGCCGUCCGCUCCCGUCCUUCCCUUCGGUGCAGAUUGGCUAGGUUUUGGGUCCACACCAUCCUGUGAUUGGGGUUCGCCGGGGAUCAGCGCGCGGAUGUCGGUCGCCAGCCCGUCGGCAGCCGGUCGCGUGCGAGCGGGCGACGCACAGCUCCUGCCCCGGCGCCGCCCGCGCAGAUUCCGCUUGCAGGUUUCGCUCCUGCUCGGGCGCGGCGCUAUCCCCUUCUCCCACUCGCGCAGGCCUAGAGGUUGA